UUGGCUUUGCCAUCUACGCUGCCACUAAUUAUUUAGAUGGCAGCGGAAUCAUGGCGCAUGGCAGCAUUUACUGCACCGUCAAUUAUGAUAAAAUAAAAGCAUUCUAUACUCUUCGGGCAGUAAGUGCGUUUUUUCUUCCCACGGCAGUCAUACUGGUUAUGUACGUUCUCAUUUUUGCUGUUGUUCACAAGCGACAAAAGAUGCAACGAAAUGGCGAACUGGGUGAAACCGACAACGAUCGCAACCAACGAAGUGGCUUUCUUAGAGAUCUGAAGGUCGUCCGAAUGCUAUUGGUUAUCGUGGGAGUGUUUAUACUUUGUUGGUGUCCUUGGUUUAUUUGGAUAUUGCUGCUGUACUACCAUCCUGAUUUUAAUUUUACUGAGUUACCCAUUUGGUCAUUCAGCAAACAGCGUAGGAUUCUCAUAGCAAACUUCAUAAUAUCCUUCCUUCCUUAUUUGAACAGUUUGUUAAAUCCAGUAAUUUAUGCCUGUCUCGACAAAACGUACAGAGAAGCUUUCAAAAAUCUGUUUAAGCGAAUGACGUGCCAACUAAGCUCAACAACACGACAACAACCUGGGACGCAACAGAGUUAA